UCUUAUGUUUCAUUGGAUUUUACCCUGAAUGCCUGAGGAUACAGUCAGUUUUCCAUUAACAUUCGAAGUCGUCUUCCGUACUGCCACUCUUCUUCGAGUGGCGACUCAAAGUGCCGAUGGAGACCCCAGACAGACUGUCGCGACGCUCUCUACCGUUCGCAGGAUACGUCAAGGAGAACAGUCUUUUAGGUAAGAACGGUAGGGACGAAGAGAGCUCCUACAUAUCGCGUGAAAAGCUCACAGAGUACUGGGAUGGCGACAAGAUCCUCCGCCUUCUCGGCCCUAAUGACAAGCAGGUCAAUAUACACACCAUAAGCACGACGCAUCUUCAAGUAUUCUCUAUUCUUGUCUGGAUCUCGGAACGGCAUCAUAACUGGAUUGACUAUAUCCUUUACUUCAUCUCCGCUAAUUUCAACGAUUCCCAAUUGCCAUUGGCGCCACCUCAAAAGCCAGGAGAACAAUCUCCAUAUGACACGAAGUCUUGUCCUUUCCCCAGCAGCCCCGAUGGAUUACAUGCAUGGCGGCAGUUCUCCGAAGAACAAUGGCGAUUUGUCCCCCUCCAGCUUCGUUCCCAUGACGGAACUCAAAUAGAGCGAGUGACAAAUGGUGUCGACGUUCGACAAAUCCGACCGAUCACCGUUGAUGAGCAAUUACACCCAGAGUCUUUCAACUCUGCGAAGAUUUACAAAGUUCUACCGCACGAGUCUAGCGGUCUACCUGUCGACCAUCCAAUCAUCCUUAAAGAGUAUCCAGUCGACGAGCUGGAGGGCCAAUUCAAGCAAGAGCACACUGUGUAUACGUACAUCAGCAACAAUAUGCAUGAUAGCCCAGAUGACCGCGAUGCGCAUUUCCUCCGAUAUUAUGGCGCGUUCCUCCAAGGAGAUAAGUGCGUCCUCCUGUUAGAAUACUGUAGUGAAGGGACACUUUUAGAUCUUUUCCAAGACUGUUGGUACCUUCCUCGAACAGAAGAAGAAGCUCGUGUUCUCUGGGCGGCUGCGCUACAUUUGUUGGAGGGGUUAGACUUCCUUCAUAGUAAGGGAGGAAACAGCCUCGUCAUCCAUCAGGACAUCAAGCCGGCAAAUAUCUUCGUCUUCAAAGACAUCCAACCUGGAAAACCCGACGGACUCCUCUUCAAAUUAGGAGAUUUUGGCAUGUCUAGCACAUCUGACCCCUCAGCCAGAGGCGAGGCCGAAGGCCCGGACAACCAGGGCUCCAGAAUAUACUCAUCCCCCGAAAUUCCGGCUUGGACGGAAAGGGAUCAGAACAUAUCUCGCACAACUAGUUGGCACAGUGACAUCUGGUCAUUUGGGUGUGUUCUAUACGAGCUAGCUCUCUGGAUGGCAACGUUUGAGCGCGGGCGCAUAGAAUUUCGCGAGGCCAGGAUUGAAGCAACGAAACAAACCCCCCGAAUUGCAGCUGCUGGGUAUCGUGGCGCCUUCCACGACGGGAAGGUGUUGUUGCCGAUUGUCAAGGCAAAGGUUGAAGAGCUGUCGAGUUUGGGCACACCUGUUGCCUCCCUAUCAAGGGAACUGAUGCAGUUUUUCCUGGAUCAUAUGCUCCAACCAAAUCCGGGUAAGCGCCUCUACGCGCGUCAGCUGAAGUUAUAUUUGAUAGACCGACUUGACAAGAUCACACCGUCGGUCUCUGCGACGACCUCUAUUCCUAAUAUCUUAUCAGAUUCACCGCAACUGAUGGCAUCGCCGCCACCGCUAAUCAGCAGUCCGACAACACCCAAUUCAAGACAUAGGUUACCCCUAACGCCAUCGCGUACAUCCGCGGUUGAGCUUCAGGGAUCUUCACAUAUUUCUUCCUACCAGAGCCCUAUGACAUCUCCAGGUAGCACAUACGAAACUGACCUUCGUCUAUCACGAAAUUGGUCUCCAAAUGCAGCAGGCGGGCAGAGCUACUCGCCACGCAGCCCUCCCGUAUCUUAUCCAACCAUACCUCCUGCUUCAAUGUUAACUAGCACACAACACAUGAUCACAAAUCAUGAAAAUAACAAUGACGCUUCAAGACCAGCCCGAAAAUAUCGUCCUAGUAACUACCCACUCUGCACUGUCGAGGAAGUUAUACGACAGGGCUGGCCACAGAAGUCCAAGAAGAAGAGGGACGAGAGCAAGCUACCUGGAUUAAGUCAAGCAGUGAGAGACCUUAAAGACCGUGACCAGUGUUUCAUUAUCGAUAACUCAUCUUCGAUGACGAAUUGCUGGGAAAAGGUGAUAAGUACAACCAUGGCGCUCGCAUCAAUCGCCCAAGACAUCGACCCAGAUAACAUUGAGUUCCACUGUACCAACACGAACAAUCCCCUCAAGACGAAAGGCUGUAAGGGAUUAGAGCAAUGGCUAAAAGAUAACCAGCCAUACAACGAUAUUGGAUCUUGUCGAAUGGAAAACCAUUUGGAUAGAAUCUUACCUGAUUUGGUGACGAAAGCCACGAAGCAGAGGAAUACAUGGGAUCGUGUUCUUAAAAAACAACGGGCCAAAGGUAUAAACGUCUACGUGCUCACAAACGGAGUAUGGGAGAACCGUGACAGCGAAACAGUCGACGCUGCGAAGCAGUCUAUACAGGCAAUCGUGAAUAAAGUCAAGGAGCACGGUCCGACCUUUUUGUCAAUCCAAUUCGUGCGUUUCGGCGAGCAUCCCGUCGGCAAAAGGCGGCUCCAAUGGCUCGACGACGAACUCAAAUACCACAUCCCCGACCAGUGGGACAUUGUCGACACGACUCCCCACACCGGCAGUGUUUGGAAGAUGCUCAUCGGGGCCACGAGCGAGUGGGAGGACAACAUCGAAGAAGAAAUGGAACAGGCCGAUCCCUUUAUAUCAUAGCCGAUGCAGACUAGAGAUCAAGAUGAUCAGGAAGACGAUUAAACUUAGGCACCUACAAGCAACUUCAAGGUUCGUGAAGGGUUCGAGAACAACUGUAUAUAUCCAAACUAGACAGUAUAUAGAUAGAUAAUAUUGAUCGGGUUGUCCCGAAUCCAUUAAUAUAGAAAUUCUAAAGACGACGACGCAUAAACCCUUGACUGAAAGGAACUACACACAAUGAGUUGAUUCUUUCCCUUUCAAUUGAAUUAGGCAAGAGAUGAUCAGGAUCUAGUUGCGGAGAAUUAAGAUAUAGAUAGGUACUCUAGGGGGGUUAAUAAAUGAAUUGCA